AUGGCAAAGCGUAUGCCGGUCCCCGCCAUCGUCAUUGCCGGUGCUUUUGCCCUCUCUUCCCUAUUCGCCAUUGCUUUUGCCACCCCUAAAGAUUAUCUCUUCGUGGAAGGUAGGAUUUACUGCGAUCCUUGUCGUGUCAUGUUCGAGACCAAACUCAGCCAAAACAUCGCUGGGUCAAAGGUUCGACUAGAAUGCAGAAACCCGGUAAAUGACACGGUGAGCUACUCGAUAGAGGCAGCAACGGACAAGGACGGGAAGUACCUACUGGCGGUGGAAGGCGAUCACCAAGACGAAAUAUGCGAAAUCAAGGCGGUGAUUAGUGGAAACACAGAGUGCAGUGAGAUCAUGACAGGAGUUCCUGGCGACAGGCCUGUGUUGACCAACAAUGUGGGUGUGGUGGAGCCGGUUCGCUAUGCAAAUCCUCUUGGGUUCAUGACUAAGAAUGUCUCACCCGACUGUGUUAAAGCUCUCAAAGAAAUGGACAUUGUUCCUGUUGACGUUCUCUUUUAA